UACAAAAUACAAAAUGUCUAUGAACAAGGUAUCCAUGUCUUAGCUUGAUGUUCAAGAGCUUGCUGAGGGUAAUGGUCGCCAGCAAGAAUUCUCCAAGCCAGACAUGCUGUGCCGGAACUCCUAUAAUAUACUCUAAAGGGAGUAGAGCAUUCUUUUCCAGUAGCGCUGAAUCAUCGAUCCAGCUCUCUAUAUGUUGAUCACCUCCCGGCUCAAGCUUUAAACGCCACCCCAGAACGCUCGGCAACUUAUCACUCCACCCCCCAAAGCUUCUUUCCCUCGUCGACAACCGCCGGCAGUUCUAAACUCUGGCAAGGUCUGCUGGCGAAACAAUUCCGUAGGGUUCUUGCGCUGGAGAGGUAGGGCUCCUAGAGGCGAAGAAGAAUGAGGGAUUCUCAACGAAUGGCACUGAAACGCAGUGACCGCGUCCGAAUCAAUGUUGGCGGCACCCCAUUCAUCACCAGCAGCACUACAAUUGCCAAUGCCGGCGCCGAUUCGAUGCUGUGCAGCCUCCUGAACGAGAAUUGGGAGCCCGCCACAAGAGAUCCACAGCGACACGAGCAGGACGAGAUCUUCAUCGACCGGGAUCCGGCACUCUUCGCCGUGCUGCUCGAUCUCCUGCGAACAGGGGAGCUCCGUACACCGCACGGCAUACCGCACGGUAUGCUCGUCCGCGAGGCGGUCUUCUACGGCAUUGACCGCCACGUCAAGGCCGCGUCGUGGGGCAGCCCGCUCGACGGCAACCGCGUCCGGUGCCGCGCGUCGGUACGGGGCCGUGCAACCACGGACGCCGUGGCGAUCCGCGCGUCACCUGGCGGUGGCUGCGGCGUGGCGCACGGACCCAUGAUCCAUGUCUACGACUGGUCUCUCGAGGAGCUCCCUCCAGUGACGCUGGAUUUCAUGAGCGUCAACGAUUUCGGGUUCCUCCCCAGGAAUCCCUUGCGGAUGGUGGUGUGCGCGGCGGACAGGGGCGACAUCGGGGGCCUGGGCUGCGUGAAUGCCGCCACUGGCAAGCUGAUCCAGCGGAUGAAGCUGGAGCUGGACGAUUCUAGCCGGAGUUUCAUGGCGCUGGCGUGCGCCAGCAGCGAUUGCGAGGUGUUUGCCAGCAGCAGGAUGCGUGGCGUGGGGAUCUGGGACCAGGAGUCCGGCAGGAAUGUAGGGUUCGUGACGUCGGGAGAGGGCGGCGGUGGAUCCAAGCUCCAGUGGCUGCCAUCCAGCAAUCUCCUGCUGGUGGCGUCCAUGUUUCCUCACAGCGAUCACUGCUUCCUCACGCUGCUGGAUCGCCGGCAGAGGACCAAGGCGUGGGAGUGGAGCGAUUGCGAGAUGCGAAGCCAGCCCCUCAUCAUGGACGCGGUGGCGAUCCAGAACAGGAACAUGAUUUGCGUGGUGGAUCAAUCGGACGAGCUGGGCUUCAUCGAUACGAGGAUGGGCGGUGGUGGCGGGGGUGGUAGCGGCGCCGCUUUCGCCCCGGCGUGCUGGAGCCACAUGUUCCAGCGGCUCAAGCGGUCCGAGAUGGAAGAGCAUCUGUAUUCCAAGCUCCGGAUCAACGCCAGCGAUCCCAGCUCAGAGAAUUUGCAGCUCUUUUCGACACGGGAGGAGGCGGUGCUGGUGCAUUCGUGCUCGGCGGUAGCGCUGUCGUCCGCCGCCUCCGCGAGCUGCUCGCUGCUGCCCGCCACCGCCAGGCUCAGUGUCAGUGGCGGAGGAGGAGGCGGCGGCAGUGGCGGCAUCGCGGACAUUGACGUUGGUGGCGACAGAUUGUUUGUGCUCCACAGCGACGAGAAUUUGUUCGAUGUGUGGGAGAGCCCUCCGUUGCUCUCCUCCUCCUCAUCCAAAAUUCUUCUCUAGCAUUGCUCUAUUCACAGAAGAUAACUCCA